AUGCUCUGGCCUGGUCCUAGUCCUGAUCCUGGCCUAGUCCUGGUCCUGGUCUUAAUCCCGGUCCUGGUCUUGGUUCUCGUCCUGGCUCUGAUCCUAGUCCUGGUCCUGAUCUUGGUCCUGGUCCUGGUCCUAGUCCUGGUCCUGGUCCUGGUCCUGGUCCUGGUCCUGGUCCUGGUCCUGGUCCUGGUCCUGGUCCUGGUUCUGGUCCUGGUCCUUCCUGGUCCUGGUCUUGGUCCUGGUCCUAGUCUUGAUCCUGGUUUAGUCCUGGUCCUGGUCUUGGUUCUGGUCCUGGUUCUCGUCCUGGCUCUGAUCCUAGUCCUGGCUCUGAUCCUAGUCCUGGUCCUGAUCCUGGUCCUGGUCCUGGUCCUGGUCUUGGUCUUGGUCUUGGUCUUGGUCUUGGUCUUGGUCUUGGUCUUGGUCCUGGUCCUGGUUUUGGUCCUGGUCCUGGUCCUGGUUCUGGUCCUGGCCUAG